GCGGAUGCCAGACCUGGUUGAGCCACCUGGCAACCUCCCACGGCGUCGGCGUACCGCACUUGAAGGACAAAAUCACAUGGGAGGAACUUACACGGCUGUGGAAGAAGCGGUUCAUCAUCGACGACGCGCCGACACUCGCCAUCAACCGUUUGUUCACCAUGUCACAGGGCAACACUGCAACACGGGAUUGGCUCAUGGAGUGGCAGAAGAUUGCGGCGGUGCCCAAUCUAGAAUUGGCAUUUACGCAUCUACGCCGUGAGUUCUACAACAGGUCCUGUGCGGCAUUGAGCCAGGCUCUUGGUGAUCGCGAGCAGUACUCAACCUUCGCUGAGAUCAUUGACAAGGCGAGGGAGAUCAUCAAGACCAACAGUCCCGCCGCGAAGCAACAACAAGUCCCGCAACAAUGGGAAGGCGAAAUCCACAUCGAAGGCCGGAAAUGGACAGCCAGUACAAGUUCCAUGGGUCAAGUUCGGCUUGACCGAAGCGAAGUACAAGGUUCGCGGCCGCUACGGCAGCUGCUAUUGGUGCAACAGCACCAAGCACAAUACCUCCCUGUGCCAGGAUCAGGGCAAGGAGGAUGUGCGACCCCGCCUCAGCUCGGGAAACUGAGCUCCACGGAAGGUGAGGCGACUCCACCUUCUACUCAGCCUGAUUCGGCCGCCUUGCUUGCGGCCUCCUGCACAUCUGGGGAGAACGCGAAUGUCGCAAGUUCUCGUUACACUUACGAGGACUAUGCUGUCCACUUGGUUCCACUGCUGGACCAACCGCUCCACGUGCAACAAUCUACCGCAUGCACGGUUUCAUCACCGUCGGCAACCGAUUCGGCAGCUUCGCCGCCAUCUAUCGCCGGGGAUUCAUCGUCGUGGUCAAGACUUGAGGUGCUCGACCCACUGACGUUUACGGACUUCCAGUGGAUGCCCGUUCCCCCGACCGGACGAUUGCCGAAACCGCAUUGCAAUGUGCUCAUGUCACAACUGCGAGAUUACUUGCACACUGCAGGACCAGCUCCGUUGAUGGACGCCGGAGUAGAGGUUGUCGACCUUCACGCUUACAUUGCGAAGAUCGACCGCGAGUUCAAGACGCAACGGUACGACGACAUUGACGCACCAUUGCUAUAUGUACGCAUUCAGAUCGGAGAGGCGACCUGCAACGCCUUGAUCGAUUGCGGAGCAUCUCGCAACUACAUCAGCCAAGACUUCAUGGUGCGGAAGUCCCAGCCUACGCAAGUCACGUUGGCGGACGGUCACACGCACAAGUCCAUCGACCGGUGCAUUGACAACGUCCCAGUGUACUUUGCCCCUCACGCAAGUGAGGCGGUGUCCUUUGACAUUCAGGACACCAAAUUYGACAUGAUCUUGGGCAUGUCAUGGCUGCGAAGCGAGGAUCCCCCGGUGAACUUCUUCCACCGCACCGUUCACAUUCACAAUAAGGAACGUCGGCCCUCUCCCACGCAUCGACGACCUUCUCGAGCGACUAGGCGGUGCCAAGUUUUUCUCCAAGCUGGACUCAAGUCGGGAUAUCACCAACUCGAGAUUCGCAAGGAGGACCGUUACAAGACCUCGUUUAAGACGCGAUAUGGGCAUUUCGAAUGGCUGGUUAUGCCAUUUGGCCUUACGAAUGCCCCGGCCACUUUCCAAGCGGCUAUGACAACGGAGUUCCGACACAUGGUGGAUCGAUACGUACUUAUCUAUCUCGACGACAUCUUGGUGUACACUCGGAGUUUGGAGGAGCAUGUGGAACACCUGCGCACCGUUUUGGAGCGGCUACGACAGGCCAAGUACAAAGCAAACCGCGACAAGUGCGAGUUCGCACGGCAGGUGCUGGAGUACUUGGGACAUUAUGUGACGCCGCAAGGCAUCCGUCUGCUUGCGGACAAGAUCGAGGCCCUAGGAGUAUGGCCCGAGCCCACCAACACCACGGACGUUCGUUCAUUCAUGGGAUUGGCGGGCUACUAUCAGCGAUUCAUCACCGGAUACUCAAGGAUUGUUGCACCUAUGACGAGGUUACAAUCGCCAAAGGUGCCAUUCGUAUUCGAUGACGACGCACGCCGAGCAUUCCAAGCACUUAAGACGGCCAUGCUCAUGGCACCCGUCCUCAGCAUCUAUGACCCCACCUUGCCGACGAGAGUGACUACGGACGCUUCCGGCUAUGGCAUUGGGGCAGUCUUGGAAAGGCACGACGGCGACCACUGGCACCCUGUGGAGUAUUUCAGCCACAAAGUGCCUCCCAUCAACUCGCUUGAUGAUGCAAGGAAGAAGGAGCUACUCACGUUCGUCAUGGCUCUCAAGCGAUGGCGGCACUUCCUCCUUGGGCGUCGUAGGUUCACAUGGGUUACGGACAACAAUCCAUUGACCUACUACAAGACGCAGGACACGGUGAGCAGCACGAUUGGACGAUGGAUGUAGUUCAUCGACCAGUUUGACUUCACACCGAAACAUCUUCCCAGCCUCUCAAAUCGCGCAGCAGAUGCACUCUCGCGA